AUGUCGUCGUCCCGUCGUGGAGUCGGGCUGAGCGCCUUUUCAAAUGCUGCCAUAUCAUCAGACAAAUAUGCCGCGCAUGGUGCCGCGCUCCGUCUUUCCCAUGCCGAUGCGCUCGCCAACCAGCUCGCAGUGUUCCAAGCAGCACUGCACAAUUUCUCUCUCACGCACGCAAAGGACAUUCGCAGUAACCCGUCCUUUCGCGCAGAGUUUGCGCGAAUGUGUCAUGCGAUUGGCGUGGAUCCGYUAGCAGGCAGCAACGCCGCAAACAAAACGGCGCAUGAUGGGAAAGCGGGCGGCAGCGUGUGGGCGAAGAUGUUGGGGACAAGUGUGAAUGACUUCUACUUUGAGCUCGGUGUACGCCUUGUCGAAGUGUGUAGGGAGAGUCGUGGUGAAAAUGGAGGUCUCAUUGCUCUGUCUGAAGCAAGAAAGCGAAUUGCAGGCGGGCGAGGCUUAGYGGGUGGAGGAAUGGAGGUCACAGACGAUGAUGUCGAGCGUGCAUUGCAGAGUCUCGAGCCACUGGGCGGCAUGUUCACAAUCAUGAAAUUGGGAAGUGGCAAGUUUAUCCGUUCUGUGCCGAAGGAACUGAAUCCCGAUCAGAGCAGGGUGCUUGAGGUCAUUCAGAUCAUGGGGUUCGUCACAGUCGGCAUGCUGAGAGCGAAUCUGGACUGGGAACAGGCACGAGCCGUGGCUGUUAUAGAUGAUCUCGUGGCCGACGGCAUGGUUUGGGUGGAUGAGCAGGGUGAGGAGGUUGAGUAUUGGAGUCCGGCUGGUAUGCACGAGGGGUGA